UCAGUGACGCACUUCUGAAAGCGGCAGUUUAGCACCAUCUUUUCCAUCUCCUGCUCCUUCUGCCUUCCCGCCUUCCCGCCAUCCGGCCUCCACACGAUUCAGCCCGGUGGUGUUAGCCCCCUGGACUCGAUUCCUGAGGUAAACAGUGCCCCUUAAGGUAGGCAACAGCCUCUUCUGGGUUCAUUGCAGUCCAACCGGCUCCCUACCCGCCGCCAUUAUGAACAUCCGCAACGCUCGGCCAGACGACCUGAUGAAUAUGCAACACUGCAACCUCCUUUGCCUUCCUGAGAACUACCAGAUGAAAUACUAUUUAUAUCAUGGCCUUUCCUGGCCCCAGCUUUCUUACAUCGCUGAGGAUGAGGACAGGAAGAUUGUGGGCUAUGUCCUGGCCAAAAUGGAGGAGGACCCAGAUGAUGUCCCGCAUGGCCAUAUCACCUCACUGGCCGUGAAGCGUUCACACCGGCGCCUCGGCCUGGCCCAGAAGCUGAUGGACCAGGCCUCCAGGGCCAUGAUAGAGAACUUUAACGCCAAAUACGUGUCUCUGCAUGUCAGGAGGAGUAACCGGGCAGCCUUGCACCUCUAUUCGAACACCCUCAACUUUCUGAUUAGUGAGGUGGAACCUAAAUACUAUGCAGAUGGGGAAGAUGCUUAUGCUAUGAAACGGGAUCUCUCGCAGAUGGCAGAUGAGCUGAGACGACAAGUGGACCUGAAGAAGGGCGGGUAUGUGGUCCUGGGCUCCAGGGAGAACCAGGAGACCCAGGGCAGCACACUUUCUGGUUCUGAAGAGGCCUGUCAGCAAAAGAACCCGGCUACCGAAGAAAGUGGGAGUGACAGCAAAGAACCUAAGGAGUCUGUGGAGAGCACCAACGUCCAGGACAGCUCAGAAAGCUCGGAUUCCACCUCCUAGAGCAUACUUAAGAUCCUCAUGUCUCAACCACAUCUACCCUGUGAACCCUGGCUUAGUCUGUCUGCUCUGCAGCAUCUGCUGUGGAGAUUAUCUCACAGUGACCAGAAUGGCUUCUCACUCUCAACUCUAUAAACAACCACCUUUCACAUAUCCUGCUGGGAUCAUGAAGGAAUACCUGGACACAAGAGCCGCUGCACAACAGCCAAGGAACUUUGAGACCUGCCAUUACAGAACCUUUCUUGGCCUACUCACACCACGCUGCCAUUUUAUUCUGUUUAUAGUAGUCCUCUUUUGGGUGUGGUUAUCCUGCAAGUUUUUCUCCCUUUAGAAUGAUGAACAGGAAGCGGGGCAAACUCUUAAAGGUUUCCAGCUUUCAGUUUUUGUUUUUGUUUUUUAACCAUUAUUUACCUGAGUUUUCAUCCAUAUUGUUUUGCCAUUAUUCACCUGAGUUUUCAUCCUUAAGGAGAUGAAGUAGUCAGGACCAUGAAGUCAGACCUCAUGCCCUCUUCCUCCUCUUUCCUGGAAGAAGUAUUCGGUUUCCUUUUCCUUUCUCUGGGAACUCCUCCUUUAUACUAUUCCCCCCACCCCACCCCCUUUUUUUUGAGGAGGAGGGCAUCACCUUCCCAGUGGGAAAAGGUGUUAAGUUAGGAGCUUCUACUGUACAAUCAGAACUUGGAGAUUUUAAGAAUAGGACAAACGGUAAUUAAAUUGGAAUCUCUUAAUGUGCUUGUUUGUGUUAGUUUUAUUGUGAUGAUGUCACUUGGCAUUUAUUGAGUACCUGCAGUGUUCAUACACAGUGCAGGGGCCUUCAUUAGUUAUAUAUUUAACCCUCUCAGCAACCCUGUAAGGUAGGUAUUAUUAUCCCUGUUUUACAGAUGAGGAAACUGAAGCUCAGAGAAGUGAAUUAAAUAUCCUGAAUCUGAACCCAAUUCUGUUUGAAUUCAAAGCCAAAGUUCCUUCUACUUUCCUGUUCCUACUCUUUGCAUUUUAUUUAUAAGUGUGUUAAAAUUUUAGCAAAAAUGGAGAA